GCACACUCUCUCUUCUCGAUUCUCAGUCUCAACUACUUGCUAAGGACUUAGGUGACACCAAAGAGAGGUGAUUGUUUGUGACUGUGCACGGCGCAGUGUACGGACACGCCACAUGCACACACGAAGCCAAGCACACCACAAACGAACACAGCACACCAUUCACCGUGUUUCUGUAAAGGCCAGGUCUAGCAGUCAAGCAAGCACCGGAAGGCGGAAGGUUUCUGGCUGGACGAAAGGAAGGCAGGGAAGAAAGGCUACGGUACCUUGUGAAGGCUCGUUUGUUUUGCUUCUCUGUUUGAGUUUUGGUCCAGAUAAACUCGAAAUUGUGAAGUCUUGAAGCUUUGAUCACUUUCCGCUAGAACGAUUCUUGCGUUUAUGAGCUGGAUGAGACGUUGCAGACGAAUUGCAAGGUGAUCUUUGCGGAAAAUGGCCUCUUCCUGUGGGACUGAUGAGCUGAAUAUGGCCAGCUGCAGCACAGAAGAGUUACUCUCUCAUGUCAAGUCUGAGCCUGAAUCUACUUCGUCUUCGUCGUCCUCUAGCGAUGAUGAUGAUAACAGCGAGGAGAUUGACGAUGGAGGAUGCAGUAACCACAAAGACAAAGGCAGCCGCGUUGACCCUGACGCUAUGAAAAAACCUGAUGAGGUACUUAACGACAUGGACCUGGGGUCUGGUGCUGUCAACGAGUAUAUCAAGGGUGACCCUCUGCUGGACAUGCUAAAUGUUGUCUUGAAAGAUGAAUCCAACCCUAACAUCGCAUUCAGAUGUAAAGUGUGUGGAUAUCGAACAAAGAGACUAGCCACCCUGAGAAGACAUGAAGCAGCCCAUGAUGAUGGGGUUCUGUUCAGUUGUAACUACUGUGACUUCACUCACCGUCAGGAGGAAAGAGUUCGAACUCAUGAGGCAAAGCACAAGGGAGAGAAGCCUUUCAAGUGUACUGAGUGCUCAUUUGCGUCACGCUGCAAAGGUGACUUGACCAAACAUCAACGUGUUCAUAGCUCUGAGCGAAAGUUCAAAUGUCAUCUGUGUCCCUUCAGCUGUAAAUGGAAGACUAAUCUCUCAAAGCAUGUUCAGUGUACUCACACUGAGAAUCGGCCAUACCAGUGCUCACAGUGCGACUUGACAUUCAAACAUCCAUCAGCACUUAAAAGUCAUCAGAGGUCACACAGCGAUCAAAAGCCUCAUCGUUGCAAUCUGUGCGGAUUCAGAGCAAGGACCAGGUAUGAAGUUGACAGUCACAAAACCAUUCACUCUGAUGUUCGCAUGUUUCCAUGCCCCUUCCCGGGAUGUACUCAGAAAUGUAAGAGGAAACCAGACCUUACGAAACAUAUCAAGACUCAUUCUGAGACAGCCAAGUUUCAGUGUGACCUGUGUCAGAGGAAGUUCAAAUUGAAAAUCAGCCUUCGAAGUCACAUCAAGAGUCACUUGGAGAGAGGGGAGCCGCACGAGUGCCCAGUGUGCCACAAAAUUCUCUACAGCAGAACCGGCUUCCAAAAUCAUGUCUACAAGCACCGGUCCCAGCGCAGGUACAUGUGCAGCAUCUGCGGCCACCUGUUCUUCACUAAAAGCAACAUGGUCAAGCAUAUGGAGGUCCACUCCACUGACCGCAACCUCAUCUGCCCCAUCUGCAGCCUCCGAAGUGACUCCCGUAAGAAUUUUCUGAUCCACGUAGGUCAUGAGCAUCUGAAGGAGUACCGGUAUUUCUGCGAGCUGUGCCGUAAACCAUUUGCUUCAUUCACCCCCAUGCGUUUACACAUAGAAAGAUGUCAUAAGGAUGUGACAGACAGGAAAGUCUUAGAAUUUGUGUACGAUCCAGAAUGUUCUCUAAAGGAAGAGUUGAGAGACUCCAGCGAAAAAGAAACUACAAGAGCUGGAGAAGUCGCACUACCAAUUUCCACAAAAGGCUGCUCCAGUGAUAACAAUUGUGAAAGUAAUAACGUGGAUGAACAAAUAAAUAGUGGUAAGUCCAGCUGUGAUCCUGCAGGAGAGGGAUGUCAUGGUAGAACUGGUGAGACCGCUGGGAGUGAAGUCAGUCCAAGCAAGGACACUAAAUCCUCUGUUGUUAAUAUGCCUGAUCAUAAUGGAACAAAUGCACAUGGUAUGAUCCUUUUUGAUGGUUCUUCAGUAGAUGGUGCAGAUGCUGUUGUCAGUUCGUCUGGUUCUUCAAAGGAUGGUGCUAAUGCUGUGGUGAGUGAUUCACCAUUAGGGAUGACAGAAAAUAAGGAUCAUGGGGUGUCUGUGAUAAAGCCUAAGGUGUUACCAGAUUGGGUGAGAAUUGGAAACUAUGGGGGUGUCGGGGUGUGCCUGGCUCAUAAAAAUGCCCAGAUAGUGUUUAAUUUUGCUAAGAAUGGCAAAAAGCCACGUAAGUGGUUCAUGGAACCAGAGAGAAUGCCAGAAGAGGAAGCAGAAAAAAUGAGGAAGUACUUGCAGCGAAAACGUGUGAAAAGUGUGUAUGAUUUGCCUGCUGGCUGUGGCAGGAGGAAAAAAGGUAGGGGGCGGGGCAAAACAGGGCUAAACCGUCCAAGUCGUUCUUUACAGAAGCGUCGAAGACUGACUGCAAAGUCACAGGUAGACACAUCGCUUAGUGAUUCUGAAAAUGUGACUACAGAUGAGGACAAGAUAAAAGAUGAUAAUGAAUUGUCCAAUUUUGAGAUAAAAGUGGAGUUGGACGUUGCGGAAAAUGAUUUGUCACAUAAUGAUGGUGAUAAUGAAGAAAAAGACGGUGAGAGGAAGAAAUCUGAUGUACAAGAGGGGUAUUUUGGGACUGGUGUGCAAGGUGCUGGUGAGUUUAACUUUGAGGAAGUCAGGCCAAGACUGGGACAAGAUGAACUGUUCAAGACAGUUGAAAUGAGUAGCGAUAUAAUGGUAGGGCCAUCACAUUCCCGAAGUCAUAGCACAAGGGAUACACUAUCAGUCCCAGCUAAUAAUGGGGACAUUCAACGUGUCAGGAGACCUAUGUGUAGACAGCAAAAGGUCCGUAGGUUUGAAAGUUCAUCGAGUAAAAUGAUGAAAGAAGUGUUCAUUGACUCUUUGAGGAGGAAGGCUCAGAAAGGUAGUGUUAAAUCUAAUUCAACUGAGUCGAGAGUGUGCAGUGUAGACAAGAAUAAGGGUGAGUUUAAAGAACUGGGAAUGAGUACCCCAAGCGUUAGUCUUUGUGACAUCAGUCCAUUCGUGGAGAACAGUGUUUGUUCCGUAAAGGAGUCUUUUCUGUUUGCUGUGUCUCGUUGUCAGGCAGAGAUGAGCAAGCAUAAUGGUCUCGAUGUGGAAUGCACUGUGCCCAUCACAAAGGGAUGUGAGGGUCGACCAGCUAUGUUUCACAGCAAAUCGGAGAGCUCAAAGUGUAGCAAAGAUCCUCCUUCACACCGUGCGUUUCCCACCCAGCCUAAGAAAAUCCUCACUCUAGAACAAUAUGAACAAAUGGUUAGGAAGAAGCCAAAAAUUGUGGCGAGACUUGUCCGUGAGGACGACCAUGCUUCCACUGCUCAAACCUUGUCAUCAGGAACUUUAAAAGUGGCCUCCAGGCAGCGUACGAUCAAACGGGGUAGACCACAAAAGAGCAAGUUUCAAAUAGGGUCGUCAUUGUUCAAUUCUCAAAAGGGAAGGUCAAAUGCUAAAGUCAGAAAUGUUUCCUUCCCAAAAGGUCAGCUCGAGAGUAUCUCAAAAUCUGGGGUCUCUCCAUGGUCAAGCAGAUACAACCGCAGGAAGUGCAGUUCUCAUAGAGAAAAUGAUAGCUGCAGAGAAGUUAACAACGAACUGAGUGUUUCGAGAAAACCUCUAGCUUUACAGAGAAGUUCUGGAUUUUUUCUUCCUUCUCUUGUUCUGCAUGAUAUCUGUGACCCCAAGAUGCUGUCUACCGAAGGGAUGGCAGAGUUUAGGAAGAUAUUUACAGCAAGCAAAGACUUGGAACCAUCCCUUAAAGGAAAGGAGGAUUGUAAUGCUCUUAUGAACUUUCUCAGCAGUCAUGGCUAUUCCCUCGAUCGAAACUGGUGUGCUAUCAGAGGAGAGGAGCUGUCUUCUACAGGUGGAGGAGGUGAAGACGAUGAGUCGAGUGAAUUCUGUUCAGCCGUUGUAAAUGUUAGUCACCAAGAUAAACAGACCACAGAUGACACUUUUAACUUAUCCAUGCCGGUAGAUGUACAGGUAGUGAAGGGAAUGAAACAAGACUUGAAGGAACCUUUAGAGGUAGAGAGUGGGCAGGAUUCUGAGAAAGAAACUGUGGCUCAUGGUUUGGAGAGAGAUGGAUUGGGAUGUGAUUUAAAUAGAGAUACAUUGUGUGCCUCAGAGAAAAUUAUUGUAAAAGACUGUCAGAUGGGUACUAAUGUUCAGGACUCUAUCAGAUCUGUGGAUAUAGAGAGUUCAGAGAGAGAUUCACUUGUGCAGAAAUCAAAAAAGGCAGCAGAAAUUUCAGAGCAGCAAGAUGCAUGUUUUGAGAAAGUUAAUAAUUUGAAUUUUGUCUGUAAGACUCUAAAUGAGUGCACAGCUUUUCCAGAUGGUGGCGUGUGUUCUGCCCAUGGACAUGGCCCUCACAAGCAUGAGCUGUGUGUUCAGAAUACAUGUGAGGAAAUACCUGAUACAGCAGACAAUGGGGAUGAGUGUGAGUUAUCUCUUCGCCAAACCUCUGGGUCUCCUCCUUUUUUCAAGGCAAUAAACUAUUCUUCGAUAAACCAUUCUACACAUCAUAUGAACAAGACGCCCGCUUCAGACAAAGAGACAACAGACAGCAUAGUACAGAUUGAGCACUCGGCUUUGUGUUUGUCAGAAGACUCCACCUCUCUUCUGACAGCAGCUCAAGAUGGUGGACACAAAACGGACUGUUCAGACAACAAAGCCAUAACAUAUAACUUGGAAGCUGUUGUCCAAGAAGAGCCUUACUCCUUUAGUUGUGCAGAACCUGUAGCCAAGUCUGGGACAGACAGCAUGGCUGGACUACCAGAAGCACAAACUCUGUAUCGUCCUGUGCCUUUAGUUAAACAAGAAGAAGAAGACCAACAUUCACAAAGCCAUUUGGUGCAUCCUCAGGCACAAAGUACAGCACCGCGCAUAGAGUCAGUGGACGUCGUCAUGUGCCACCAAUCGUCUUUUCUAGAGUCAAAAAGCUCUUCAGCUGCUCCUCCUGUUAUGCCUGCUGCUUCUUCACUUAGUGUAGCUAGUGAGGAGCUCAGUUUGUCAGAGAGUGUUUGUGUUUCUUCAGUUGGUUUUUCAGAUCCUGCUGUGCAAAGGGACUUUUCAAAGAGUGUUGCUCCAAGUUAUGUCACAGAGCAUGAUGAGCGGAGUGAUGCUUUGGAGACCAUUACCCAUUCUGUUUCCAGUCCUGUCAUGACUGUCAGUAGUUCGCACAGUGUUACUCCUCAUCACAUGCUAAAUCCUGUGGCGCCAUGUGAUGUUUCCAAGAAAACGGCCUCAAAUAUUGUUCCAGAUCCUGACACUAUGUCUGCGAAUGUUGCCUCUGAUAGUGUAUCCUGUCCUGCCAUAUCUAGUGACACAUUGGAAAGUUUGACAGUCAGUUGUAUGUCAGACUCUGCUGUUCUUGACAUUUCAGAAAAUGUUCCUUCUAACUGUUCUUCAAGUUCUUUUGCUUUUAACAAUAUCUCAGAGAGUUUUCUUCCUCAACAUUUGCAUUCUCAUUCUAUACCAGGUAAUCUUUCAGAGAAUAUGGCUCCAGAUUGUGUGACAAAGCCAUCAAUGGGCGUCACUGACACAAAAACCAACAGUAACGUUUUGACCAGUUCUCAAGUCUGUACAUCUGAAUGUGACCUAGUGGAGUCUUGUGGUUUAGGAAAUCUUUCAGAGAAUGUAGCUCCAGACUGUGUGACAAAGCCACCAAUGAACAUAACUAAUGUCCAUACCAGUGGUGACAUUUUGACCAGUGAUCAAGUCUGUACAUCUGACCAUAUGGAGUCCAGUGGUUUAGGCAGUGUUUCAGAGAAUGUCACCCCAAACAGUGUGACAAAACCAUCGGUUGAUGUCACCUCAACACCAAGUGGUGGUGAUAUCGACCCCAUGGAGUCUGGUGGUUCCGAAUUUACCAAACAGAAGCCAGGGCCUCGUUAUGUCUUCAAUAUUGAGUGCAAUACUUUAGCCCGAGGUCUGGCAGAAGUAGGUUACUGUCUCCGUGAUGACUGGAGCAUUGUGAAGAUUGGUACAGAGGUCAAGAGGGGUGCUCAUAUCUCAGUGGCUGACCAGAAGAUGGACAAAAGGAGCAGCAGGCUAGACAGUGACCAGUUGCUGGAUUUGAGACCAGAUUUGUCUAACCAUGAGUCACCUGAUCAAACUGGGAAUUUGUCAGAGAAAAUGACGAAUGUUUUGUCAUCUUCCCUCCCUGCUAGUUAUUUCAGUCGGAGAGAUGGAGAGAUUGUCAAGAUACCCGAUGGUUAUAUUGUUAGGAAGAAUGGGCGUUUGAUGAAGAAGCCGGGGCCAAAGCAAAAAUUACCAGUGUCCCUUGAAAGUGGCAGUCAGUCCAGACAACAGAAGUCCCAGUCCCCUUCAAAGAGUGUGAGCCCUGUGUCUAAGUCUGUUUUACCUGAGAGGUAUGUGACAAGGAAAAACUUACGAUUGAUGAAGAUACCCAGUCCAAAGCAGAAGCCAUCUUUCUCCCCUGUGUCUGCAUGUGGAAGUGAAAGAGAACGAAAACAAAAUGUUCCUUCUGAGUCACAAAACUUUGGCUGUGUGGAGUCUCAGAGUCCUGGAUUUGUGUUAAAACAAAAUGCACUAGAAGGGUGUAAGGGGAAGAAAAGGGAGCAAUUGGAGAAAAAAUCUGAGUCACAGCUAAACUCGGUUGAAUCUCCAGGAGGAAGAAGUAGUACAGAGAGAGGAAUGGCUCUUCCGGUCUGCCAUGUCAGUCCUGGAGCUAUGCCAAAGCAGGUCAUACCCGAGGGAUAUAUUUUGAGGAAAAAUGGACAUUUGAUGAAAAAACCUGGUCCGAAACCUAAAGUUUCAAAGGGUGAACCAGCCUGUGGAUUGUCAGCUCUGACAAAGUCAUGUGAAGGAGGUAGUGGUGUGGGGACACCUGCUUGUCAGAGACCACAGGAUGAUGUGACUGGGGAGAGUUUACUGGGAUAUGGGAACGUUGAACUGAUCAAUGAUGCAGGCAUUUCUUCAGUACCAGACUUUUCUCAGCUGAAGUUUGAAGUCGCUUCACAGAACGCAGCUCAAGCCAUGAAGCUAAAACUAGGGAAGUCUGAGAAACGUGAUGAGGGAGCAUUGAAAGAAGAAAGCAAUGAAGCGGGUCCAUUGAGUUCUACAUUAGUUCAUGACAGCGUGUUAAAAGAUGAAGUAUUUACAGUUAUUGGACAUGCAGCGGAUAAUGUGAUAAUUCCUGAGGGAUUUGUGCUGAGGAAAAAUGGUCGACUGAUGAGGAAACCUGGACCUAAGCCAAAAGGGACCCCCAAAACUCCUGACAAGUCAAAGAAUAGAGUAGAUGUGAAGGACAGCUUGCCCGAGAAACUGUGCAGGGCUGAGACACAUCACAAUGUCAACUCAGAGGCUGGAAGUAAAGAGAGCCUCUCCCACAGUCAGGGCUGUUCUAAGGCAGUCUGUAAAGUUUUCAAGACAGCUCAAGGGAACUUGUCCAUGAAAAAGAAUGAUGUACCUCUCAAAAGAUCAUUGGCUGCUAAGCACGGCCGACUGAUCAAGAAAGCCAGUGGGAGAAGAAAAAAUGGGCAUUCAGAAGGCGUCUGUGAUAAUGGCAUGCUGUCCGCGUCUUCCCUGGUGGGUAGAGAAUCUGUCACACCCAAGGGAAAUAUUCUCCCAACACUGGCUGCACUUCAGGACAGGGCGAAAUCAGGGGGUCAGGGGGCAGCGAUCGAGAACUGUGUGGGUAGGAAAAGGAAUGGGUUUGAUUCUACUGAGAGUGACGCUACUCCAAUGAAGCUGAUCAAAAUGUCCCAAAGUAGUGGCAGAGAUGGCAACCCCUGUGAUUUCAACAGCGAUGAUGUUUUUGAGACAGAAUCCUUCUCAUCACCUCAUGGCAUUGGCUUUGAUCACUGCUGUCCACGAACCGAGAGAAAAUCCUCAGGAAAUCCUAAAAUGUCGAAGGCUUCCACUCUUGAGGAAGUACCGGAUGGAUACUUUAUUACAAAAACUGGUCGACUUAUGAAAAGACGUAUCCAGAAAACAAAGCUUAGCUCUGACCAUGCGCACACCCCAAGCCUUAUCAAUGCUAAUGUCAGACAGAGAGGCUCAUCAGCCGACCAGACCUGGAUGGCUCUCACUGAAUCUCUUAACCCCUCAGCACCUUCCUCUUUUCCAACAUCAGAGGAGAUAAAGUAUACUCCUGUGUCCCACACAUAUUUUCAGCAGCAGAUUUCGCUGCAGAGUUGUACCACUGGUGUCUCACCGAGCUGUUUGCCUGAGACUUCUUUGCCUCAAAUGCAGGUGAACUCUGAGGUAAAUGCUGAAUCUGUGCCCCUUUGUAAAGAGGAAGACAGUUACGUGCAGCAAUGGAACAUUCCGUUCUCACAGUUUUCAGCUUUAAAUCUUCCUCCCUCUGAGUAUUCUACAGAAACUCAUAGUCUCACAUCUGUUGUGGAAAGACGUAUGCAGCUCAUGGCUCAGAAAACCAAACAGGUAGUGGCUAAAAAGAGCUCUGUGAAGAGAAAGGUUAGCAAAACAAAGACAAAGAAUCCACCUCCAAAGAGGAAGAAAACAUUCAUAACUGCGCUGAUCAGUGAAAUACCUGAAGGUUACAUCAUCAACAAACAUGGAUACUUAGUCCGUAAACCAGGCCCGAAAGCAAAUGCAGAUGUAGCGAGCCAGAACCCAAAGACUGAGAAGACGAAGUACCCAAGCAGGCAGAGAAAAAAGGACGGGAUGGUCAGAAAAGAGUCUCCCUCUGUCAGUGAGAAGCCAAACCAGAUCAAGAAAAGACAUCCUCACAACAACCUAGCAGACAAAGAAAAGAGGCCAGAUUUUCAAGUGCAGGAACAGAAGCAGAAGGGGGCAGAAUGGGAAAGAAAUCCCAACAUUCCAUUUGGCCACAUUCUCACUAAGGCUGGACGUGUUGUGAAAAAACGAGGACGUAAGCCAAAAUUUGUUACUGGAAAUUCUUUGAGAGGGGGUACAAAACAUAGGAGGAAGCUUUUUGGGAAUGGAAUGAAACUCGCAGGUUCAUUGUUUAAGGAACAGGCAAAGCAAAAUUCCUUCCUUGGGGGUGAGUUUCCCCAUAGUGAGUGCUGUGAGAUAAAACAACAGAGAGGGAAGGACCGGGUAUGUGACAGGAGUAAGCACGGUACUCACAGCUUUCAGGAGGCAACAGCACACUCACAACAGCACUCCGGUCCUGGUUCUUCAUAUGAACAUCAGGAAAAUUUGAUGCAUUCAUUGGUAGUGUCAUCAUCCUCUCAAAGCGCAACAGACUUUCAGUUUUGUCAUACUGAUACAGUAGAUUGUACCACAGAAAUGAGGACUCUUCAUUCAUUGCCAUCGCCGGCUGAACAGGUCGCUCAUUCCCUUGAAAACAGCAAUACCUUGUCCUUGAAAGAAGUGAACGAAACACCAGCACUAGUUACCUCCAGGGCUGAAUCAUCGACAGCAAAUAUCAAGAAAAAGUCAGGGAAACUAGCUUCAAUGCCUGAGAUGUCAGGUGAAUGCUUGGGACUCAAAUCUCAGAUGAUUCCUGAAGGUUAUAUCAUUUCAAAAGAUGGCCGCCUGAUUCGUAAACGUGGACGCAAACCGAAGUGUCUCAGUCAAGACUGCAGUAACAAAACUAUAAAUAGGUACAAGAAGAGCAAAGUUAAUGAGGGCCCAGAAGGGUAUAUACCCCAAAAAAAGAACCAUGUGAUGAAAAAAAAGCAGUUGAAGUUUCCUAAAAAUCAGAAGAGAGAAAUAAAGCUUAACAACCAUUGGUCAAAGACAAAGGGAACUUCAGGAGAGCAGCCAAAUGACAAUCCAUUCCUGGAGCCUACAAAAACCGCCAACAAACUCAUACCCCAUGGCUAUAUCGUGAACAAGCAUGGACAUCUCCAAAGAAAACCUGGGCGCAAACCCAAGAGACAGCCCGAAUCUGCUCCAAAAGGCCUGGGCGCAGCUACUGGAGCGAAAAACGGGAGCAGAAAGGUUGUUGGGCGCGAAAGUGUGGCAAAACGGGAAGGAGAAGAAAACUGUUCUCAGGGACGAGAUGCUCCGGCAAAGGAGGAAGCCAGGAGGAAACGGAUGUCUGGAAGGAUUGUUUACAAACCCAGACAUACGGACAGUUUUACCGGAGCUGUGCCACCACAGUCGUCUCUCUCAGCAGCUGAUGUCUAUCUUGACCUUUCUCAAGCAAAUGUUGAUCUCGUCAAUCAAUGUGACAUGCAUCUGCUUCCUGUUCCGCAAUCUUUCGAGGCCAGUGCAACUCCAAUGUUAUUUCCAAAACAAGAAGACAGUGCAUCCCCUCCAUCAGGGGAGCGGUAUGUCUCAAACACAUCCCUAGUGGAGGAGUCGGGGAUCCUUGUUGGUUGUGUGGGGUCGUCAGAGGAGGGGUCUGCUCAGACGGUUCUUUCUUCUGAAGACAUUGGAUUUGUCCAACCAGAGAUGGUCACUGCCCCAGCUUUUAUCUAUUGCUCCCCAAUGCCUGUGGAGGGUAGCGCAUCUAAUCUGUUGACGAGUCCUGUUUUUGUAAUGACAAAUAACUCCUGGGGGUUUGGAGGACAGCUUGAAGAGAGCGAGACGAAACUGACAGAUGUUACGUCGGUACAACCAGAAGUAGGAGUAGAGAGUUUUUCUGGUUGUGACACGGAACUGAAGCAGGAGGAGGAGGAGAGUAACUUCAUGUGAACUCUGGCCUUGACUUUGACAUUGACCCCAACACGGCUUCUCUGUUCUAUUUUUGGUGAUCUGCAGCUUUUGAAAUACAACGAAGCACUUUGUAUUCAGUGAAACCUCACUCUCAACUCGGUGGGAAUUUAGGCUUAAACUCUGAGUGAGUAAGCAGGGUCUUGUUGCCAUUCUUUAGUUGUCAUAAUGUCCUGGGUGCUGAGUCAGCAAGAAGUUGAUUGCCCAAGAGGGCAAAGUUUUUAUAGAAGUUUUGUGUUAAUAAUAAUAUGUUCCUUUUAGUAAGAUCUAUUGUCACAAAAUAAGUUUUUAUUGCAGCUUCUUUGAGUUCGUUAUUGUUACGAAUAUUUACUUGCUAUGAUUUUAUAGUGUCGCACGAAGGAGUCUCGAUGUUGUACCAAGAAGAUAUGUGAGUGGUUGGAAGGUGCUCAGGUGUGUUUUGUUCCUUCUUUCCUGUCAAGCAUGUCAUCCGUAUUUCUCCAUAUUUGUGUUCGUUACUCUCUUGUAACACCUCUAAUUUUGUGCACUUACAUACAAGCUAAUUGUCCUGCAAGUACCAUAAAACUUUUACUAAAACAAAAAGCAGAAGAUCAGAUAUGACUUUCUUUAUUUUCAUGUGGGGAGUUUAUUAUUGAGUGUUUUCUGAGUUUUCAUCUGUCUGCUGGGACAUUGUGUAUCUUUCUUGCCUGGGUGAUCUAACACUAACAGGCAAGGUUAGAAGAGCGGCCCACCUCCUAAAUGAUCUUGAUACAUAUUCUGCCAAUGGGGAUGUGAAACACCUACACCACAACCGUUUUGUUUUUCACAAAAAUUGGUUGUGAGGAUGACGUUUUUGUCACUUUAGUCAGGUAAAACGUGUUUGUGUGUGUGGAUGCAUUUAAUUUGUGUGAGCAUGUUGAAGUUUGGUCAUUAUGAAGUGACUUUUUUUUAUUGUGAAACAAGUGUAUGUGUGUGUGCGCACGUGUGUAGUGUGUGCAUGUAUAUAUGUGGAAGAGAGAGAGAGAGAGAUUAUUAUUAGCAUGUCAUGUUCCCUUGUCAAAGCAUUGAGUUUAUUAUAUGGUUAAUAAAAUUGUUACUUUUUUUCGUCACUUU